AUGUUCACUCUGUCACAACUUACAAAGGGUUUAUCUUCUCUGGCUUCGACCUCCUCGCAACCAGCCCCAUCCACUCCAGUACAGUUACCCCAGUCUACACCUGCACGAAGCGAAGAAACCACCAGACCGUCAGGUCAGAGGGGUUCGACAUGGCCUGAAUUUGACUUUACCUGGUCGGAGCCAGAAAUGCGAACAGAGGUGACAGAGCAGAGGGAACACCCUCCCCGUGUAUAUAUCGCUAGAUGCAGUAGACAUGAAUUACAACAAGGAGAACAUCGUAUAAAUCCAGCAGCUUGGCUCACUGAGCAAAUGCAGGAGUUUUCGAAUGUUGAACAGCAGCCUGUACGAACGGAACGAAAUGUGAUGCCAAAACCACAGCAGCAGCCAGAAAUUCUACCAAAUCUGACAUGGUGGCAACCUCCUAAAACUACAGUGGUGAAGGAAGAAGUCAAGAAGGUGGAGAAAGAAGAACCGGGAUGUGCGAACGUGAAGCCCAGACAGCUAGCACCAUGGCAGAUCAAGCUGAUCACCGAGUUCCAGCAGAAUUGGGAAAGAUCGCUAAAGGCACAGGCAGAAGCAGACGCAGCCAAGGUUUCUCAGGAGUCCCAGGAUUCUGUCAAAGAUUUGCCCAUCGAAAGUCGGUCGCUCCCUCAAGUUUCACAGCCGCAGAUCACAAGCGAACCGAAGCGAAGAUCACCUUACGGUUGGCAGCACGGCGCCAGCUGGCACGCAAAUGCACCUCAUCAGGAGCAGGAACCCAUACAGUCGAUGGAAUUUCAGCAGCGAGGACCCAAUGAGGAAAAACAAAAGAUAUUUUUCCGUUGGCAACCGAAUGUACGCAAUAAGAUCAAGCCUCAGAUGAAUAGCGAUGGACACUUGAGCAUACCUACUCAGCUUCCAGGGGAUCACCCGAACAACUGGCGCCCCAGCACUCCCGUCGAAGCCCAGCAGAGUAUUCCCGUACCCGAAGCGUGGCUUCCUAAAACACCUAACGAGAUGCAGGAAGAAUUCCCAACUGAGUGGCAGCCGACAGGAUCAAACGACUGGCAACAAAAUGGACCAGGCGAGUUCCAGCAGAUCCAGGAGGCCCAUGACGAGAUGCAGUUGACAGAAGCGAACGACUGGCAGCCGAAGGGAGACAGCGCGAUGCAUCAGAAUGCAUUCAGUGGAUGGUUACAAGAUGGACCAGAUGGACUGCAGCUGAAGGAGAUCAAGGAGUUUGUUCCUAAAAGUGUACGCAAUGAGUCUGCUGUCGCCAGCGAAUACCGUUAUGAAGAGCAGGUUGAGCAAGAAGGUUACCAAGAACAGAUUGAGCAAGGCUACCAGGAACAAGUUGCGCAAGGCUACCAGGAACAUGUUGAGCAAGGCUACCAGGAACAGGUUGAGCAACGCUACCAGGAACAGGUUGAGCAAGUCUACCAGGAACAGGGUGAGCAACGCUACCAGGAACAGGCUGAGCAAGUUUACCAGGAGGUUGAGCAAGGCUACCAGGAACAGGUUGAGCAAGUUUAUCAAGAACAGAUUGAGCAGGAAGCUCCAGUAGCUACUGAGUGGCAGCCGCCAGAGCAAGAAGCUUCUCCGCGUGAAUAUUUGACCCAACAAUUACCGGAUGAAUUCAGCCCGUGGUACGAGGAGUUCAUUUGGCCGUACGCGCUAUAUCAUGUGGAUGCUUUCCAAGAACUGGACGAUCUUGCUUGGGCAAUCAGCCAACCGUCUACAUGGACGCAUGGCACCCCAUGGUGGCAACUGAAGGAGACAAACACUUUUUUCAAGACACACGGCAGACGACCCACAUGGCUGGAACAGAUGCGCAUACCAUGGACACAAGCACCGUUACCCAUGCUUACGGAACAGGAAUGGCCCAAUCUGCUCACCAGGGAGCCAAGAAGAUCGUUGUGGCCGCAUUUGACUGACCAGCGAUGGUUGCCGCCCUUUGGGGUUCCCAUUCUUCUUUUGCAUUUGCUUCACUGUGGAGAUAUGCGAUGCAUUUUCCGCGGCAGACCUCAUCUGCACACUAACAAUGCGUGUUGGCUUUUCUGAUUGACGCAGUUUUGAUCUACCCGCAAGGUGUACGCUACACAUUUGGAGAGAGAUUGUAUUCGGAAAAGUAGUCUCGAACUUGAAUGUAAAUUCUUCCUUGUGAAUCUUUUUUUCAUUAGAAACUAGGUUAUUACUUAAUUAUGAAUGUGUAGAUGUAUUUUCUAGAUGAAAGUAGUAGAGACUUUUUUAUUUAUAAGCAAUAGAAAAUUUUUUUGCUCAAGUCUUUCUCUGGUAAGAUCUUGACCUCGAAUUCGAUUUGAUAUCAUAAUCUGCUUGUUCCUGCUGUCGUUUUUCUGUUUAGUUCUGUAUAUUAUCUAUGGCAGAUGAUGACGAUGAGCUUGUUAAAUUGUUUUGUAUAUGUUUGUUCCAUAUAGUUUUCAAACUGGUGUUACC